AUGACUCAAGCGUUUCAACCAAUCAACCCCCAAAAUUGCAGUCUCAAAUUGCAUGCUUCCCAUUCUCCAAAAGAUGUUAUUACCAAUGAAACAAAUAAUAACAGUACUGGUAUUAAGCAACAUGUUCAUUCAGCUGCUGAUCCCCAGCCAGGGAAUACCACCACAUCUGAUGAUAUAACCGAGGAAAUCUGUCUUCAGUUGAUUGAAAAAUUGGAUAUCUAUCUUCUUAACAAUUUGGUGGAGUUAUUCAAUCUUGGGAUAGUAAAUUGCUAUUUCUCACUCAAGUUAAUACAUUUGAAGAAUUGUCUUCAACAAAUUGGUGACCGCAUCACAUCGAAUAUUAGCGCUCCACCUUUGAAAAAGACAAAACUUGAUAAAGGUGUGAUCAUGAAAUCUGAAUAUGAAUCAUCUAUAGCCGAGAUGAUUUCCCAGCUUGAAAUUCUUCAUUCUGUUAUUGUGGAGAUCGUUUCGAUUUUCACGAAUAUCGAUGUCGACUCCUAUGUCUCAAGGCAACGCCAACUGAAAUUUCCUGAAUUACUGCUCAAAUCAACGAACUCGUCUCAUUCAUCGGUUCACUCCAUACAACCUCACAUAUACACCCCAUACCUCGUUGAGAAUGAUUAUUUCCGCACCAAUGCUGUGUUCAUCGCAGAAGCAAUUGGUUGUCUAGCUGACAACGAUAGCCAUGAUUUGCACAACCUCAUUUCUAAAAUGAGAGAUUUCAACUCGCAACAUUCAAUGGUUACCCAUGAGUUUACGAAUUUGCAGACUGAUAAAGCUGAAAAUGGUGAGCUUUUGGAAGCUUACACAAAGGAAAAAAACAAAUGCAAUGAAAAAUUACAUAAUAGAAAGCUCUUUAAUUAA